CGCGCGUGACCGCAGCGUCUCCACAGGGAAUCCGCGCCGCGCCCACGUGUGCGGGCGGGCCGCGCCCCGGUCGGGUCGAGUGUGUUUCUGCAUCCCCUCGUUCUGCCCCCUUUCCCCGAGUGGUACCGGGGGUCUCUUCCCCGUGCGGGUAGCUAUGGAGCAGGCGCUCAGGUCUCUCGCCCGCGGGGCCGUGGGGCUGCCGUCCGCCACCUGCAGCCGCUGCUUUGGGGAGGGCCCCGCGCGGGUCCGGCAGCCCUGGCGGUUCUGCACGGCUGCGGCGCGAGGCGGGGACAGAGCCCGCAUCUCCGGUGGGAGUCUGCGGGACUCAGGCUGGGGCUCGGCGAGACGCGAGGUCUCGAAGGGCGGGAGGAGGCCGGAGGGAAGGGCUCUGUCCAUCGAGAGGACGAGGGGCAGCGAGAUCCUAUUCGGCGUAGCGCCGUGCUCCAUGGCCCUGUCCCGGGCCAGGAGGGAUCUGUUCAGGCUGUUCCUCAAGCGGAGCAGCGGCCCUCAGCGUGCGAUCAGCAGCGAGUUCGUGCUGCAGGCCGCGGCACGCGGGGUUCCCGUGCUCCACGUCGGGAGGAGGGAGCUGGAUGCGUUGUGCGGGGGCCGCGUCCACCAGGGAGUGUGCUUGGAGGCCACUCCGCUCCGCUUCAAGAGGCUGGAGGAGGCCGAAGAGCCCGGUUUGGGGGAUGGAGAGAGCCCGAAACGGCAGCUGCUGUGGCUCGUGCUGGAGCAGAUCCAGGACCCCAUGAACCUGGGGGCACUGCUGCGCUCUGCGUAUUUCUUGGGGGCGGACAGAGUGGUGACGAGCCGGAGGAACAGCUGCCCCUUGACUCCAAUAGUGAGCAAAGCAAGUUCUGGAGCUAUGGAAGUCUUUGAUGUCUACAGCACGGAUGAUCUCAGGAGCUUUUUGAAGGCUAAAGCUGCAGAAGGCUGGGAAGUUGUGGGAACAGUGAGCCAGUCUGAAACUGUGGAAAAUGUUCCUGUCAUCAGCUGCUUGGAGUUUCGGUGGAACAAACCCAUUAUUUUAGUGAUAGGUAGUGAAGGUGAUGGCCUUUCCCUGGAGACGCAGCUCCUGUGCCACCAGAUGCUGGUCAUCCCCUCUGGCAGGGCACUGCACCCAGGCAUCGAGUCACUGAACGUCUCCGUAGCCACUGGCAUUCUCCUGCACUCCAUCUGCAGCCAAAAGCUGAGGCACGGUGAUUGAUUUUUAUCCUGGCACAUGGUGGAAGUUGCCCAGCCAAGAUCUUUGAUGGCAAGAAACUGCUCAGUGUUCCAUGGCUGUGUUCAGUAUGGAUAUGAUAGUACUCCUUCCAGGCUCGGCACCAUCUCAGCAAGUUUCAGGGUGAGCCCCAGUGACCCAGGGUGUGUUAUGGCUCAUGCACCACACCAGGAGAGCCCUGGGCCAGCACUGAAGUCAUGCCUCCGUGCAUGGUAACACGUUCCACCAGCAUCUCAGAGGAGAGGUUGUAAGGAAGGAAGUUUGAAAGUAGACAAACCUUCAGUUUUAGCAGUAAAAUAGGCAGUGGUGGCUGCAAGCCUUGUGUUUGUUGCUUGGGAACUUCUUGCAUUGCUCAGGCUGUGGGUUUGGGGCUGUAGAUGAAUGGUGGUUCAUGGUUGGAGCUGACUCAGAGAACAGCCGUGCCCUGUGCCUGGAGUGCUGGUGAGAAGCUGGUCUGAUCUGGGACUGCUCAGUAGCCAUUUAUUCAUGAUAAGGCAGUCUCUCUGUUACACCUUGCUGCUUGAAUGUCUGAAAACACACCAUGUUGUAUUUGAUUGUAACACAAGUCUGCAGCUGUGCCAGAGGAUGAACGUGACCUGUUAGAAACAGCUGUAGUGGGGAAAAAUGCGGCCCAUUAAAAUAAAGCCUCUGUAAAGA